CUAGAGUUAUGCAUAUCUAGGUUUUCUUCUCCUCUUAAGAAAAACCCUAGAACUUCUCUUUUGCGCCUCUCGUCUCUUCUUCCCUUCAAGCGUUCAGCUCAACCGAAGAAAAUGGUUUUCAAGAGAUACGUCGAGAUAGGACGAGUGGCUCUCGUCAACUUCGGAAAAGACUAUGGGAAGCUCGUCGUCAUCGUCGAUGUCGUCGACCAAAACAGGGCUCUUGUGGACGCCCCUGACAUGGAGAGAAUCCAGAUGAACUUGAAGAGGCUGUCUCUUACCGAUAUCGUGAUUGAUAUCAACAGAGUGCCGAAGAAGAAGAAUCUGAUUGAGGCAAUGGAGAAAGCUGAUGUGAAGAACAAGUGGGAGAAGAGUUCAUGGGGCAGGAAGCUGAUAGUGCAGAAGAGAAGAGCUGCCCUCAAUGACUUUGAUCGGUUCAAGAUCAUGUUGGCCAAAAUCAAGAGGGCUGGUGUGGUGAGGCAGGAGCUUGCAAAGCUCAAGAGAGAGAGCACCGCUUGAUGUUUUCAAAAAUGUUCCUAUGCUUUCAGAUUUUUGUGUCUUCCAUUAGAAAUCUGAUUGAUGAUUUUGGUAUCUUUGUUACAAGCUUGAAAUUUUUUUGCAAAUGUUAGUUCAGAACUUUAAACUUUUUUGCUGUUUAAGAAAAGACACUUAUUGCGCUCA